CGUCACUGUCUGUCGCCGCGACGUUAGGUGGCCCGGAACCCGGAAAACUUCUUAGGCAUUUUUUUUCCUGGCCGGGCCCCUAGAGCUAGGCUGGCCCUAGGCAAGUACCUAGGGCGCCUAUAUAUUUGUCUUUAUUGGUCUGACAAAAGACGUUUAGACAAAGGCUACAUCGUUUAACCAGCGGUUUAUUGUAGUCUGACACGGACGUAUUAUUUCUCAUUGUUACGCCCCCAAUGCGUCUGUCGCGUCACUGAGCGUCUAGUCUCGUUGUCGCGAGAUGAGACUUGUGACGUCUACAUGAGGAAGCCGGCUGGAGUCAAGGACCUGCACGUUUAGAUGGUGUUGUAUACAGCGAGCCGGAACUGCGGACUUUAGGAAAGCGGGACUAUUGGGCCGUAUGGAUUAGGCGAGUGACUGUGCUGUUGGCAAAAUGUUUGUUCUAGCAGAGAUGGUGGAUACAGUCCGUACGAAUCCCUGGCAAUUCGAGAGGAAGUUGAAUGACUCCAUAGCAGAAGAGCUCAAUAAGAAACUAGCAAACAAGGUUGUAUAUAACGUGGGUCUCUGCAUCUGCCUUUUUGACAUUACAAAGCUGGAUGAUUCUUAUAUGUUUCCUGGUGAUGGAGCAUCACAUACAAAAGUGCAGUUCCGGUAUGUCGUGUUUCGUCCUUUCCUGGAUGAGAUCCUCAUGGGGAAGAUCAAAGGUUGUAGCCCAGAAGGUGUUCAUGUUUCUCUAGGCUUCUUUGAUGAUAUUGUUAUACCUCCGGAGUCCUUGCAGCAGCCAGCAAAAUUUGAUGAGGCUGAACAGGUAUGGGUGUGGGAGUAUGAGACGGAGGAGGGUGCUCAUGACCUGUACAUGGAUGUAGGUGAGAAUAUCCGAUUCCGCGUGGUGGACGAGACCUUCAUAGACACAUCUCCAACUGGACCCAGCUCAGCAGAAGCCUCCUCAUCAACGACUGCAGAGGAAACUCCUCGCAAAGAGGCACCCUACACAUUAGUGGGGUCUAUAAGUGAGCCAGGGUUGGGCUUGCUAUCGUGGUGGAGCAACAACUGAUUCCAUGGAGCUGCGUUGCUAUACAACAUGGUCAGAUCCUUAUUGCUGGGGCAGGAGUCCAUGCCAGUGAGGAAUACACAGAGCAUUGGCAAUGAAAAUGGGAGUAUGUUACAGAGACAUGUACUUUCUAAGGAAGCAAUAGAUUUAAUAUCUUCAAUGAGUCUGCACUAGAUUGUUGAAAAAAAGAGCUUUUGGUAUCUAUAUUGUUUGUCAUUUAAAUCAUACUUUCAGUUGACUUAAAUCCCAUUUGGAUAUUGAAAAUGGGAACCCCAGAGUACAAAGCCACAUCUUUGCUGUCAGGAGAGCUUUAAUAAUUUUUUUUUUUUUUUUUUUUUUUAAACAAGUAGUUCCACAUAAUUCUGAUUAAAUCUGUUUGGUGAUGUGCAGAAAUUUCAGUCAAACAGUAACCAUGGCAGCGUGCUAUGGAGCAACUACUGUAAAUGGAAGCAAUUAUCACAACAGUUUCAUAACACGGGGCAGAUAAAGACAUUGACUGGAUCUAUGUACAAGAAGAGUAGAAUGACUAUUUGUCACAUUUCAAGUCCUUGCUUAAAGACAGCUUUAAAUGGUUUGAUAAGAAUGGAAAUAAGAGAAACUGAACAGAAAUGAAGCAGAUUUACAGCUA